CCCUCAAUGACAAUGCAAAAAUUCGAUCUACAAAGUCCUAAACAACUAACUUACCCACCUAUUACACUAACUUCAUCCUUCUCAUUUAGGAUUGUUCCAAAUCACCUCGGCCCAACCUCUGCAAAUAAAGAAUUGUGGUCAGAAAUAGAAAUGCUUAAUAAAAAGAUUGAAGACUUAGAAUCUGAAUUAGAUCUCUAUAAAAAUCCUG